GUUCAGUUUGUAAAUACGAGUGCUGGGCCAUAGACCAAACCCAAGCUGAAUCCAACAGAUUCAGUGACCCUGUUUGCUCCCAAAGUGGCCCGACAGUGAAUGAAUCUUCCCGACAGGGUAGAUUCCAACAAAGGCAAACGGCCACCAUCUGCCGUGACAGCUGGGUGGGUGAUGGCACAGCACCACAGAACCUCUCCUCCUGCUCAGAUACUGCUCCCCACCGCCUCCCCAUCCCUCAGCUUUGCUCUUCCCUCCCUCGGAGGAGCCCCGGCCGUCCCUCCCGCCCCGUGCCCGCCCUCGCCGGGGCCGGGAGGAGGCGGUGCCUUAUAGGGCGGGCGCGGGGGCCGCGCCUGCAGAGCCGCGCCGAGCCCGGCGAUACCCUGGACAGCGCCGCGCCGCCGCUCCGCCGCCAUGGAGACCCUGAAAGCUUUUGACCGGGAAGUAAAUGCAUUUGUGGACUACAUGUUUGGACCUCGAGAUGCCAGGGUUAGAGGAUGGUUCCUUUUGGACUCUUACCUUCCCACAUUUUUCCUUACUGGAGCAUAUCUACUCUGCAUAUGGCUGGGCAACAAGUUCAUGAAGAACAGGCCUCCUUUCUCUCUCAGACCUCACCUCAUUGUGUAUAACCUGGGCAUCACACUGCUCUCCUUCUACAUGCUCAUAGAGCUCAUCCUUGCCACGUGGGAAGGCGGCUACAACUUGCAGUGCCAGAACCUCCACAGUGCAGGGGAGGCCGAUAUCCGGGUAGCCAAGGUGCUGUGGUGGUAUUAUUUUUCCAAAGUAAUUGAAUUCAUGGACACUAUCUUCUUUGUACUGAGAAAGAAAAGCAGCCAGAUCACCUUCCUUCACGUGUAUCACCAUGCCACUAUGUUUAACAUUUGGUGGUGUGUUCUGAACUGGAUACCUUGUGGGCAGAGCUUCUUUGGACCCACUUUGAAUAGCUUUAUCCAUGUGCUUAUGUAUUCUUACUAUGGACUGUCAGUCAUCCCUUCCAUGCACAAAUAUCUCUGGUGGAAGAAAUACCUCACUCAGGCACAACUGAUCCAGUUUCUGCUCACUAUUGUGCACACACUCAGCGCAGCUGUGAAGCCAUGUGGAUUCCCAUUUGGCUGCCUCAUGUUCCAGUCCUCCUACAUGGCCACACUGGUCAUCCUCUUCAUCAACUUCUACAUUAAGACAUAUCGGAAAGCACCUUCAAGAACAGCUGCAAAGGAAACCCCUGUCACAACAGAAAUCAAGAAUGGUUUCCAUAAGGACUACUUUGCUGCUGCCAAUGGAUUGCAGAAUAAUAAGAAGGCACAAUAAGUAUAGUGUUUCCUAUGAUUUUUUUUUUCUAAAGAGAAAAAGAAGAAAAAAGACUGAAUUACAAGCUUUAGCUUAAAACCUAUUUGAUUACAUUUAUCAGUUCUUUGUACCAGACACUUAUUAAUGUAUUGCUAUUUAGGUUUUAACAAAAUGAAUAGAAUUACUUGUCUUGUCAAAGAUCACCAUCAGAACAAAGAAAGCCAACAUCUUUCUCAUAUGAAAAAGAAAACCUUUCUGAUCUCUAAUGCUGACACAAAAACGCCUUAUGAAACACUUGAUGGAUAAAUCCAUCAAUGCCUUCAAAAGGUUAGGACUCUAUUCAGACUAACAUGGUGAGCACUUCUGUG